AUGUCCUCCACUGCUGCCGUGUUCGGCAACACCGGUCUUGUCGGCUCCCACAUCUUGGAGACCCUACUCGGCCUCGACGCAUGCAAGUCCGUCUACACCAUCUCCCGCCGCGCCCCGAAGACCGAAUCCCCCAAAUUGAACGCGACCAUCGAAGCCGACACGACCAAGUGGACAUCCAAGCUCCACUCCAUUGCUCCGCUCCCCGAAACCGUCUUCUCCGCGCUCGGCACCACUCGAGUCCAAGCUGGCGGCAUCCAGAACCAGUGGAAGAUCGACCAUGACCUGAACAUCGAGAUCGCCAAAGCCGCGCACGCCGCCGGCGUCAAAACCUACAUCUUCAUAUCCUCGGGCGGCACGCGGGGCCUCCUAAGCAACUACGUUCCCUACUCGAAGAUGAAGGUCGGCGUCGAGGACGCCAUCAAGUCGCUCGGCUUCGAGCAGGCCAUCAUCGUGCGACCCGGCAUGCUGCUGGGCGACCGCGGCAAUGCCGCGUCGAGCCACCCCGGCAACGGCUUCCUGAACUCCGCCUUCCGCAGUCUGGGCUACAUCGGCCAGGGCGUGCAGAACAAGUUCAGUCAGGAGGGCGACGUUGUCGCGCGCGCGGCUGUCAAGGCGAGCAUCCUGGCGGCGGAGGGCAAGGCAUCCAGCAAGUACUGGAUCCUGGACGCUGCCGAAAUCGUCAAGCUUGGGCGGGACGAGUGGAAGUCUUGA